AUGCCGAGACCCUCCACGCUCCGUGAGGCUCCGGGCGCCCGCGGCCCCCGCCGGCCCUCCACACGGCGCGACGCCGCCGCUUCCCCUCAUCCCGUCGCCCUCGCUGCGGCGCCCGUCCUCCGCCCCGGCCUCUCCACGGCCGCGUUCCUCCGGCUAAGUUUUCCAAGCGGGACUCGAGCGGAGCCUGGAAACCUCCCUCCCUGCGCUUUCCGCCGCCGUUCGGCUCCCUUCAGCCUUCCCGGGGUCUCCCCCUUCCCGCCUCAAACUUCCCACACGCCGGCCCGCGUCCUCCCGGACGCGCUCGGGCCGGGUCCCCUCCCCCCGCCGGGCCCGCUCCCCACGUGCCGGGAAGAAGCCCCGGGGGUGGCGGCCGGCCCCACGCCCCGGCCGGCAGCGCCGCUCAUGCCUCGCGGCCCGGUCGGCCCCGCGCCGACGGAGGCCGGGGCUCGACCGCCAGCUGCACGUCCGCCCGGCCGGCCGGCCCGGAGGAUGCGCGCUCGGUGGCGCCGGCCUGCGCUCGCCGCUCACACGCCCCCCUGCGCGCCCGGCCCGCUCCGCCGGCCCUCGCAGGCGCCCCCCGGGCCUGUGCCCACGGUGUCCCGGCCCUCUGGGCCGCCGCCGCCCGGGCACCCCCGCCCCCUCCCCGCCCCGGCCCUCGGCCGGGCCAGCUCCCGUCCCUCCCUCCCUGCCACAUCCCGACCCGCCCGCCGCCCCCUUUCUUACCGGCAGGGCGUGCAGGCUUGGCGGGGCGGAAGAAGCCGACUGGAGAGGCGGCCUCCCCGGCGCCCGGGCCCCGCGGUCGGCGUCCUCGGGGCUCCGGGGCGUGUGUGGGCUGUGGAGGGGUGCGGCGGUAAAGCAGCAGUCCGCGAGGAGGGGAGAGGGGGAAGGGGAAGGACGCGGAGGGGAAGGGAAAGCCCCGGCGGCCGGCUCCGACGCGCCGCGAUCCCCCUGCAGAGCGGCUCCAACAAUCAAUUCAUUAUCGAAGCACCGAACAACUGCGAGGGCCAGCGAAAGCGACAACCGCCGCCGCCUCCGCCACCGAGGUCGCCGUCGCCUCCGCCUCCCCGCGACGUAAGAGACUCUGCUCACUCCCCUUCCCCACCGGGCGCGAGGCGGGCGAACGGGCGGGCACGCGCACGCCAAACUCUACCGGCUGGCUGGCUGGCGCGUGCGCGCGCGCGGAGGAAGAAGCCGAUUGGUUCUGUAACUGGGGCGGAGAGCGGAGGGCGCGCGCGCGGUGCUGGGAGCGCGCACGCCGGCCGCGCAGAGGCUGCCGGACUCUGGCGACCGUGGUGGGCCGCUGGUCCUGGGUUUGGGGCUGCCUAUCUCAGCGGUCCCGGAGUUGAAGUCCGGGAAGUGGGAGCUGCAGUCCCGCUACCCGCGGGUAUGGACGCUCCUGUCACUCCGGGCGGUUGCGUGAGGACGUCUGGAAACAAGAGGCCGAGAAAGAACUAG